UUGCAUAUGACAAGUUAAAUAUAAAUAAAUAUCUAAGAAAUGUCAGACGAAAUCGAUGCUAUCCUUGGUGAUGAAGCUAAACUUCAAGAAGUAGUUGAUCAUUGCUUCCAAGAAGCAGAUGCAAAUGGAGAUGGUACCAUUGAUGUUCAGGAAUUUGAAGCUCAUAUGAAAAUGGUCUAUGAAGAUAUUAGUAUCCCUACCCCAACUCAAGAGAACAUGGAGACUUACAUGGGUACAUUGGAUAUUAAUAGCGACGGAAAGUUAGAUAAAGAUGAAUUCAAGAAAUACGUUGUCGACAUGUUGAACAAAGAUAAAGAAUCCAGAACUUCUUAAGGAAAAUCCACUAGUUUAUCCUUAAUACGCCAUGCUAGAUCUUCA